UUAUUCUUCUUCUUGUUUCCAAGUUAAUGAUUUGCAUCUAUUUCAGAGAAACUUAGAUCAGUUAGAAGCAUUAUCUAAGAAGCUCAAAGCAAAAACCCUGCGAGCUGAGGCUCCUUCUCAAUCUAUUGCUGCCACAAGGCUUCUUGCACUUGAGGGGAUAAAUGCAGAGCAACUCACACGGGAUCUAAAGUCUUUUGAAUUGAAGACAACAUUUGAGGAUGUUUUCCCUGCUGAGGCAACAAGUGUCGAAGACUAUUUGCAGCAGGUUCAUGAGAUGGCAAUGGUCUCGGCCAUCCAGGAAGCUCAGAAGGAUAAUCUCAGAAGCUUUAAUGAUUACAUGAUGGAAGUUUUGCAGGAGGAUUGGCAAAAGGAAAAACGCUAUUUUCUACAGAGUUUAAGCCGAAUUUCAACAUUACCCAGGACUAGUAUGAUUGAAACCCGCUCCGGGGGUUCUCAUCCUGGUCAAACAGUGUCCAUUGCAUCUAGCUCUCAAGUUUCACCUGGUCCAUGUAGCAUGGAUCCCGUACCUCUAGCUAACAAGCCUAUCCUCGAUAAAAAGGCAUCAGUCUAUGCUGAAGUUGUGAAGAAUCUGAAUAAUGCAAGAGAGCGUGGCUUACCAUUUAAGCCUGCUACAGCUUUCAAGGGUGCUCAUGAAAGUUUGGGCGUUGAGGGAUCUAGUGGAAAAUCUGUUAACAUGCAGAAGAUAUGGCACCUCAUUCAGAUUCUGAUGGGUGAGGAUUCAACUAUGCAACAUAAUGUUUCAAAGAAAAUGUCACUAAUCAUUGGUGCAAGGCACCAUCUGGAAUGGGGGCAUGAGAAAUAUUUCACGGAUACGAUACAAAGUCAUCCUGCACAGGCUGCUCUUGGUGGGGCUGUUGGAAAUUUGCAAAGAGUCCGUGCCUUUCUUCGGAUUCGUUUAAGGGAUUAUGGAGUUUUGGAUUUUGAUGCAGGUGAUGCUCGUAGACAACCUCCUGUUGAUACCACCUGGCAGCAGCUGGCAGAGUGGAUCAAUAUUGGAGGAAUGGUGCCAGCUGAGACUGCAGCGGCUGCAUCAGAAGAGUGUGAGAAAAUGUUAAGAAUGGGUGAUCGGGUGGGACGAGCUGCAUAUGACAAGAAAAAGUUGUUGUUGUAUGCUAUCAUAUCCGGUUCUCGCAGGCAAAUUGACCACCUGCUCAGAGAUCUACCAAAUCUGUUCAAUACUAUAGAGGAUUUCUUAUGGUUCAAACUGUCUGCAGUACGAGACUACCCAAGUGGAGUCUCAUCUGUUAUUCUGAAUGAGGGAUUGGUACCAUAUAGUUUAGAUGAUUUGCAGGUCUACCUGAACAAAUUUGAUCCAUCAUAUUACACCAAAAAUGGAAAGGACCCUCUGUCCUCAAGAGAGAGAGCAUGUAUUGGAGCAACAAAUUAUAUUAAGACAACUUGAGGCAAUAUUGUCAAUCCACAAGUUGGCAAGAAUGGGCCAUCAUCUAGAUGCUUUAAGGGAGGUUGCCAAACUUCCAUUUCUCCCAUUAGAUCCACGAGCGUCGGAUAUUACUGUUGAUGUGUUCCAGAAUUUAUCUCCUCAUGUUCAAGCUUGUGUUCCAGACCUUCUGAAGGUUGCUCUCACUUGCCUGGACAAUGUGACAGAUUCUGAUGGAUCACUUCGUGCCUUGAGGGCUAAGAUAUGUUGAAAUAAGUGAAUAAAAUUCUUCCGCUAUCUUUCCAAUUAUUCUUUCAUCGGUGCUCUUUGCAACUAUUGUUUUGCUUAUAGCCACUUGAUAGCUUAAAACUUGUACUUUGAAGGGCACUUAUUUUGUUUUAUUUUAGAGCAAUGCUAUGUACCACACUCUUAUCUCACUAGGCUGAUGUGACAAUGUCCAUCAGCCCUUGGAUACACCUUUGUUAAAAAAAAAAAAAAAAAAAAUUCAAAGGCAAAUGGGCAUUGCCACAUCAAGCCAAUGGGAUGGAAGUGGGAUGUAGGUGUAGUAUUUAGCAUUACUCUUUGUUUUAUAUUGUCAAAAUAUAAUUCAAGGAUGCUCAUAAAAGUGAGUUAUGUUUAUGUGCUGAUGUAUCAUGGAACUCCAUUAUUCUUUCAAGCAGAGUUAAAGGUGGUUAGCUAGUGUAUCUAACUUGUAAAAUUUAUGAUUGGAUUCGUCGGCAUGGGCUUGCUCCAUUCAUGUUAAAAAAGAGUUUAUUUUCUCAUUCAAUGUUUGAGAGUUGCAUUCUCUUGAAUUUAUCUUCUUUGGGGUUAAACAGGGCAUGCCUAGAAUGGUGGAAGACACAUUGGCUGGUCGGACAGAGCAUUUUGGGAAGGAUAGCAGUAGUGAAAUUUGGAAUGUUGUGCUUUACAUCGUAUAUUUGUGUAUGGAGGGUUUGUUUACCCAAUUUGUUAAGAGUUUGUGGAGCUUAUGGACUUCAGGAAUUAGUUUUUAUUUUCUUUCUUAUAGGGUGCUUUCUCUUGAGUGCAUCAUAUGUACCAAGGUUGCGCUCCUUGUGCUUUUUAAUUGAGAUUUUACUUACCUAAAAAAAAGUUGUAUAUGAUAAUAUUUGAAAUUGCCAACUUCAUAUUACUUGAGAGAGAGAGAGAGAGAGAGGGCCUACUAGGAGGAUGUAGCAAUGGUUUUUGGAUUCCAAAGUAAUUAUUGAGGUAUACCCGAGUAUCAUCUGGUUUUUGGUAUGUGCUGUUCUUGUUUAAUGAUGGUUGGAUAUUUUUGUGUUUGCAGAUUGCAAGCUUUCUUGCUAAUAAUUUGAAUAGGAAUUGGCCCCGUGAUUUGUAUGAAAAGGUUGCUCGGAGCUUGUGAAGCUUACAAAGCAUGGCAGAUUGAGAGUAUACAACUCUGACAGGAGGAUAUUGGGUUGAGGUAUCAAAUAUUUUAGCCUUUUCUGUAAAAAAAAAAUCCAUCAACAUAGGCAAUCUUACUAUAAUAACCAAAAGUGUUGUGAGAUGCUAGUAUAAAAAUCCAUCAACACUUGCUUUUUACUAACUAGAACUUGUGUACAAUCUGCUCAUUUCCAUUUUCUUUAUUAGGUCAUAUCAUACUUGUAUAAGAGAGAAGGAGAAAGAUGAAAAUAGUGCAUUGUUAUACUGACUUUCAUUUGUUUCAUGAGUGACCCUAGUUGUUUUUAUGAUUUGAUAUUUCCCGGAGUGAGUUAAGGGAUGCCGACCGUGGUAUUUUAUAAAUGAAAAACACCUAAAUAUU